AUGGAUAUGGAAGUUAUCCAGCCUGAUGCCCGCAGAGGAAGGGGUAUACUCACCUAUGAAGAUGUGCAUGUGAACUUCACACAGGAAGAGUGGGCUUUGCUGGAUCCUUCCCAGAAGAAUCUGUACAAAGAUGUGAUGGUAGAGACCUAUGGGAAUCUUACAGCUAUAGGCUACGUUUGGGAAGAUCAUAAUAUUGAAGAAUUCUUUCAAAGAUCUAGAAGAUAUGAAAGGUAA